GCUACUGGACUUGCUGCGUGCGAGCUGCGAGCUCACACACGGACACAGUUCGCCACAGCUCAUGCGCGUGGGAUCGCAGCUCGGCCCGGGCCCAACACACCCAACGGCUCGCACCAACCCCACCCCCCUCCUGGCUGGACCUGGACUCCUCCCACCUCCCGCCGCCAACCGCCGCCCUCCCCACCGGAAUGCCGGGCUGACUGACGGCUGACGACACCCCGACACGAUUUCCGGAGGAGGCGCCGCCGCCGCUGCUCUGGGUGGUGGGUGGAUCCUGCGAGGCGGAGCGCGGAGCCAUGGCGAGCGACGUGCCCAUGAGCCCCGAGCUCGAGCAGGUGGACGGCGAGAUCCGGGACAUCUUCCGCGACCUCCAAAAGGGGUUCCAGAAGAUGGACAAGAUCAAGGACUCCAACAGGCAGUCCAAGCAGCUGGAGGAUCUCACCGGCAAGAUGAGGGAGUGCAAGCGAUUGAUCAAAGAAUUUGAUCGCAUUCUCAAAGAUGAGGAGAAAAAGAACACUCCUGAUGUCAACAAACAGCUAAAUGAUAAGAAGCAGUUCAUGAUCAAAGAGUUGAAUUCCUAUGUCACCUUGAGGAAAACGUACCAAAGUAGCCUUGGUAAUAAGAGGAUCGAAUUAUUCGACACUGGUAACGAUCAAGUGGCUGAGGACACACCAGUUCAAAUGGCAUCAGAAAUGUCAAAUCAAGAACUCAUUAGCGCUGGAAGGAAACAAAUGGAUCAAACUGACCAAGCUAUUGAGCGUUCAAAAAUGGUUGUAGCACAAACUGUUGAAGUUGGAGCUCAGACUGCUGCAACUCUGACACAGCAAACAGAACAAAUGAAGAGAAUUGGCAAUGAGCUUGACUCUGUUCAUUUCUCCCUGAAGAAGGCUAGUCAAAUGGUGAAAGAGAUUGGUCGCCAGGUUGCAACUGACAAAUGCAUUAUGGCGUUCCUGUUUCUGAUUGUAUGCGGUGUUAUUGCAAUAAUUGUUGUCAAGAUUGUCAACCCGCACAACAAGAGCCUCAGGGACAUCCCGGGCCUGGCGCCUCCUGCUAUGAACAGGAAGCUGCUCUCCAUCGACCCUUUCGGAGGACUCUGAGCAUUGCGAAUGGCUCUUGUGAGCCACAUAACACGAUGUCACGAUUCUUUCCUCGCUUGUAUAUUGUCUCGUUGUCGGUGUUUGCAUCGAUCCAUUCUUUCCCCAUUGGUGAGUAGUAGCUUUGUGUUCCUAGCGGCAGUCGUGUUGUGUGUAUUACUCGUGAUCACCCCCCGGCUUUCUGGUUGUCUGUGCAUACGCGGUAGUGAUGUGAGAUUGUGAAUUUUCUGAUUUUUCAUGUUUCUUUUGGCUUGUGAGCUUGUUUGAAGGUCAAGUUUGCUACU